AAAACAUCCAGCAGCAUCACCACGCUGCUAGCAGAAUGGCUGCGCCUGUGGAGAGUGUGACCAAACAUCCAGCUGAACGCUCGCCGUUCACCACCACGAGUUUUCAGAAGAAAACAAGGAGCAAGUUAAUCUCCAUACCUGGCACCAGACCUUCGGUUCAAAACGGACAGCUCUUAGUUUCCACCGGUGUCACCUCGCUCGACUUUCUGCUCGGUGGCGGGUUAGCGGUUGGAACAGUUCUUCUUAUAGAAGAGGACCGCUAUGAUAGCUACUCUCGUAUGAUCCUGAAAUACUUUCUGGCAGAAGGAGUAGUCUGUCGACAUGAACUUUUUGUGGGGGCUGCCCAAGACAACCCUGAUGACAUCUUACAGGAACUCCCUUCUCCCAUCUUGGAUGACGUCGCCAUCCAUAAACCAGCGGAGCAGCCGCAGCUGUCUCGUGAACCCCAGGACAGUUUGGAUGCUAUGAAGAUUGCUUGGCGUUACCAACAUCUUCCUAAAGUACAGAGUGCUUUGGCAUCAUCAUCCCGCUUUGGCCACUACUACGACGUCUCCAAGAUGAUGGAGGCAGAAAUUCGCCAGGCGGCCAAGUGCCACCGCUUCUACCUUCCUGAACAUCCCACCCAGUCAUCAACCACACGCAGUCCAGUCCUUGAGUCCUACUCUGCAUUGUUGAAAUCACUUCAAGAGGUCAUACACAAGGAGGGCUUUGCUGUAGCAGCCUCCAUGUCAAAGUCACGCAACAUCCUGCGCAUUGGGCUUCACUCACUUGGCUCAGCUCUUUGGGGUGAUGACCUCAGUUGCCAUGACAACCCCGCACACUGCCACUCCCUUACUACCUUUCUCUACGGCCUGCGUGCUCUGCUGAGGUCAUCACUGGCUGUAGCUGUCGUAACUGUACCAUCAUAUCUCAUUCAGGACAGAGCUCUAAUGGGCAGCAUAACCAGGCUAUGUGACAAUGCCAUAGCGCUGGAAUCAUUCAAAGGCUCUGAGAGAGAGACUAACCCACUCUACAAAGAUUACCAUGGCCUGUUACAUGUACGACAGGUACCUCACCUGAACUGUCUGGCAAGUCAACUCCCUGACCACAAAGACCUGGCCUUCAAGCUUAAGCGAAAACAGUUCACUAUUGAGAGACUGCAUUUGCCUCCAGACUUGUCUGAGACAGUAAGUCGCGUGAGCAGGGGGGAGCUGGCAGGAGGGGCCGCGGUGGCCGCAGCCUGUGGCUCCGUCACUUCCGGCAACAAACACCUGGACUUCUAGAGGUCCCACACAGUCGCCAGAGGCAACCAGUACCUGGAACGUCGCAUCGUUGUCCUCUUUACCACGACAACCCCCCCCCGAUGUCAACCAGGAUGAUCUUGUCAGACUUCUUUUCAUAGUGGACACACUUUUUUUAUAUAUAUACAUAUAUAUACAUCAUACUGUAUAUAAUGUUGCAUUGCACAUCACGCUUUGACAGCUUGUUGUUGCAAGACGCCGUACAAAAAGAAGAUGACGGGCAGGGUACUCACUUCAAUUCAGUUUGCCUAUAAGGGGGUUUGUUUACAUAUAAAGUGUAAUCUUUAAAUAUUGUUUUGUCAUUUCAGACUCUCAGUCUUGCCUGACUUUAAAUAAUUUAAGUGCUUUCUUCUGAGCUCAGCACUCGCUCGAUGAAGCAAGUGGCUCCUCCUCCCACUUGGCUCCAGCAUGUUUGUUUUUUUCUAGAAUAGCGCAAAUGACAAUGUGCUUUAUUUGAGUAAAAAAUAAAAAUUAUUUCAUAAUCAA